AUGGCCUUGAACAAUAGAGGCGGAGGACCGGAUUUGCUGUCCAAAUUUCUCCAGCCCAAUCAGAAUGUGAACUUAGAGAUCGCAGUUGCGAAAGAAGAUGAUGACGUUUCCCGACUUUCCUUCAAUGACAACAUGAGCUACAUUUGUGAUUUGGCCAUGCAAAAGAAGAAUCGAAAGGCAAUGAUCGAGCAAGAAGCCUUUGAAGAAACCCAAGAGCUUUACGAAGUCGCGAUUGGAGCAGGAGCAGAGAAGACACGAGAACUCUUCAAGGAAAUCUUUACAUUGGUGGAAGCAGAACUACUUGAAUCGUACAAAGAAAAAGACAAGCUGUUGGAACAGCGACUAGAAGCUGCAGUUAUAGCAGAAAAGGAACGCGUCAUGGCUUCCGCGGAGCCUGGGCCUGGUCAGCGGCAGGUUGCUCAGAUUGAUACAAAGAUUCAAAAGGAGGAAACCAAAAUCCUCAAGAAGAAGAUUAAGAAACUCCGCAACAUGGUGAAGGAUAUCAUGAAGGACAAGGACGCCAUGAAGGAUGAGAAAAAGUCGAAACAACUGAAGCGACUGCAAAAGAAGCACGACAAUUUGGUGAAUGAAUUGGAGAAAAUGAAGAGCGACUCGGACACCGUGACAUUGGGGCAAUCAUCAACUUCGUUGGACUUGGGAUCGGCUCUGGGAGCACUUGGCAAGGGCGACGACAGCGAUGGUGAAGGCGAACAGAGAUUGAAAAAGAAGAAAACUAAGCCCAAAAGAUCGAAAUCCACGCAAUCAACAGACAGUGGAAAGAUUCCAAAACCAGACCGGGUGGGCAGAUCAAAGAGCGACAAACCCAAGUCUUCCAAGAAAAAGGGCAGGUCACGUUCCAAGGGACCUAGACCAAGAUCAGCGUCUCCCAAAGGGCUUGCUCCCAUUGACGAAGGAAGCGUCAAAUCGGAAAAGAAGAAAAAGACAAUUCCUCGAAACACUUCAAAAGAUUCUCUAAAGAGCUCAGGAAAAGAUUCGCUAAAGAGUUCAGGGACUGCUGAAACAGGAAGGACAACCUACACCUUCAAGGAUUUCAAGAAAGGCCGCGUGGAUGCGGACGUUGUCAACAUGAGUAACUGGGACGAAUACUUGUCGGAAUCCGAAUUCGAAAAGGCUUUCGAAAUGUCCCGGGCUAACUUCAAUGCAUUGCCACACUUUAAGCAAACGGCAUUGAAGCGUGAACUGAAAUCAUGGUAA